AUGACACUUGUCAUAAAUAUAGAAGUGACAUUGAAUUGUCACGGAAAAAGUAGCACUGAAGAUCCUUGUGCUGAGACCUUGGCUGCUCCGAUGGGUGGCCGCAAAAUUUGUCUUCGUCAAGUAAUUUUCCCUGAUGACGGGAAUGGGAGUAGAAUUUUGUUUACUACUCGGAGCCAUGCUGUUGCUUUGGAAGCUAAAAGCCUUACCUAUGCUUUUCGUCUGCUCUCCAAUGAAGAGAGCUAUGAAUUGCUCUCAAUGAAGCUCUUUAAUGGAGAUCCUUGUCAUAAGGAAUUGUCUAGUAUCUCAUGCCGUAUAGCCAGCUGUUGCAAAGGGCUGCCACUUGCAUUGGUUCUGAUGGCUGGUACUCCGAAAAGGACAAAGAGAAAAAAGGAUUCUUGGAAACAUGUUGCUAAGACGUUAUUCAGGUCAUUAAGCAUACAGGAACAAAUCCUGGAAAUUCUUGAAGUUAGCUACAAGCGCUUGCCAGAUCACUUAAAGCCAUGCUUCUGUUAUUUAGGAACUUUUCCAGAGGGCACAAUAAUUUCAGUGUCAAAAUUGAUGCGGUUAUGGAAUUCCGAAGGAUUUGUGCAGCAGUCAAAUUGGGGCCGCAAGAACUUAAAGCAAGAGGCAGAGAGUUACCUGAAUGAGUUAAUUGAUAGAAGUCUUGUAAUGAUAGCCAGAAAAAGUUCCAAGGGAGGAGUCAAAGCAUGUCGCGUUCAUAAUGUGCUGCAUGAAUAUUGUACAGCAAAACUUGGGAAAAGACGAUCUGUGACACGAGAAGACAUUUCUCAUGGAAUUGCAAUUCUUUUGGGUAGUUUCCGACUGCAUGGUUUGAAUUUUUUGCACAUCUCUACGAACAUCUCUUCAUUGCUGUACUUUCAUAAACCUGAUGGAACUGAACUAGUGAGUUCAGGGUCUUUGCCUCCUCAUGCUGGAGGCUUUCACUCUGAAUGUGCGUUCAGAGAUUUUCUUUCUAAGGGCAGGCAUAAUCUCUCCGAACAGAUAGGAUUAGGGUAUAAAAAAGGGCUUGUGCAUGGCACCAGAACUAGCCAAAGCAGGCACUUAGAUUAUGGUUCAAUUCUCAAGUGCAAACACCUUAGUGUGUUAGACUUGGGAAAUGUUCGAGUCCAAAGUAGCGCCGACACAUCUGAUCUUGUCAAGAUAGCCAAGCUGGUUCACUUAAAAUACUUGGCUGUCCGGAUUCGUACAAAUAAUAUUCCCUCUGAUAUCGGCAACCUCCGAAACUUGGAAACUUUUCUUAUCAGUGGUGCAAUUGGUAACGUCAUGUUACCAGAGACUAUUUGGAAAUCGGCAAUGGAGAGGGAGCUUAUACUGGAUCAUUCUUUCUUCAGUUGCGAAUAUUACAGUCAAGAGUUUCUUGAAAACUGUUCUGACCUGAAUAAUUUGAAAUCCAUUUCCACCAUUUCUAUGCAACAUGCAAGUGUUGAGAAGUUCCUGAGGAGGCUACCCAACAUCGAGAAAUUAGGAUGCAUAUUUUCAAGUACAUGGAAGGAUUACUUUCAAGCUUGCAAUCCAUUUCGGAUAUUAGAGUUUUUGUGUGAACUUCAAUCGCUCAAGAUGUCGUUCCAUGCUUGGGCGCCCUGUCCUUGUAUCUUUAGCCUCCCUUCAAAGCUGAAAAAGUUGACAAUGUCGAACGCUGGCCUAUUGUGGCAUGAAAUUUCAGUCAUUGGCCAGUUACCAAAUCUUGAGUGGAAUGCAACUAGCGAGCAGCUCCCCUGCCUUGAGCAACUCGUAGUGCUAAGUUGUGAGCAACUUGAGGAGAUCCCUUCUUCCUUUGGAGAAAUUCCAACUCUACAAUUGAUUGAGAUGAAAUGGUGUGGGGCUUCUGCCACCAUUUCUGUUAAACAAAUUCUAGAGGACCAGCAUAAUUAUGGCAAUGAUCAGCUCAAUGCCAUUCUUGUUGUUAAAUUGCAAAACAACUCCCAAAAAGACAAAAAAGCAAAAUUGCAAAUUGCAAAACCUAAUCUUCCGCCUCUUCCUCAUUCCUCAAUUUGUCUCUGUCCAAAACCCUUCCUCCGCAGCUCCGCCUCCACUGCCUCCGAGACUCGAGAAGUCGAGAAGGAGCUCAACUUUGAAAUACUUGAAACACAGCCGGAGGACCAGCAACGCCUCAUCUUCGCCGCCGCAGCCAAGCAGCUUGAGGAUGCCCGUACACUAGCCGACUACAACAUCCAGAAGGAGUCCACCCUCCACCUCAUCCUCCGCCUCCGUGGUGGCGCCAAGAAGCGCAAGAAGAAGAUCUACACUAAGACCAAGAAGAUGCGGCAAGUGUGGCCUCACCUAUGUUUACCAGAAGGCCGGCGGUGACUGAGGGAACUUCUCUCCCCUUUUUGUUUUUAUAAAUUUUAUAGUUACUAGUCUAAUUGAACAUUAGCAGCAUGUUCUUUAUUGGGUUUGAAUGCUUUUUUUUUUCGGUUGGGAUUGUGGAGUGACUGGUGGUGAGCCGCGGCUGGAGAAGCCAGAAGGGCAUUUUAUCUGCCAAGAAGACGCUGGCUC